UAGAAUAAAGUCAAGUAGUUUGGUUUCCUUCCCCUUCUCCAAUACCAAAAGACAAAAAGCUGUAUAAGAUCGUCAUAGCGUAACUAACUACCCACAGUUUCCCCCAAAAAACAAUCUGUAAUUACAAUCGACAAGAAACUCUUGACUCUCCCCCAGAAAUAACCACCUUAAAGAAAAUCAGAUCACAUCGUUUCUUUCUUUCUUUCUUUCCAAAUCUGAUCUAAUCUUUUUCUCUGUACGAUGCGUCCACCGUUGAAGAGAGUCGAUUUCCGUCCAGGCGACAAAGUGGAGGUUUGCAGUAAAGAAGAAGGCUUCCUGGGCUCAUACUACGAGGCAACCGUUCUUUCCCGCCUCGAAACCGGCCGUUACGUCGUCCGUUACAAGACACUCCUCCGUGACGACGCCGUUUCUGAGCCGUUAACCGAAACGCUCUUCCCGAGGGACAUCCGCCCUUCCCCUCCCAAGGUAUAUUCCCGCGGCGAGUUCUCUCUCUACCAGGCAGUUGAUGCCUUCGACAACGACGGUUGGUGGUCCGGCGAGAUCACCGGCAGGCUUGGUCCUCACCAUUACUAUGUUUAUUUCCGUACAACCAAUGAAGAGAUCGCUUAUCCUUCUAAUAAGAUUAGGGUUCAUCAUGAGUGGGUUAACGGCGACUGGAUUCUCUCCCAAAGAGAGCAACCACAGCCACAGCCACUGCAGAAUCAGCAACAACACCUAGGUCAACAAUUCAAUUGACUGCGUUCAUCCACCGGUUAAGAAUUCUUGGUAAAUCAGAUCUACUGAACAAAAAUACAGAAAGAAAAGGAAAGGAAAGGAAAGGAAAUAGUAGAAUUUAUAUAAGUAUCGUUAGUAUUUGUUAAUUUUUUAGGGUGUUCUUUUAAAGAUUUUCGUUUAUAGGUGAAGGACGGAACUGUUUCUUCGAUUUGAAAUCAUGGACGGAGAGUUUUUUUUUUUUAUAGUUUUACGUGGAAAAGAAAAAAGGGGAUUGAAUUUCUAGGGUUCGGAAUUUCGUUGAAGAGGCCUCAUGUUCUCUUCUUCAUGUGUCGAAUUUGGUUCACUUUUGUUAAUUGGGAUCAAUGUCUAGUGUUAUAUCGGGGUCUUUUUUUUUAAAUUGGGAUUUUCGGAUAGGUUGGAAAAUUGUAAAGUGGGUUAUUAGUUGACAGUUGAUUGUUAUUUGGAUUAAUAGAACAAGUGAGAAACUAAUGGAACCUAUCUCGGUUUCCAAAUAUAUUGAAUGUCAAAAAGUUUUAGUGUAAAAAUUUAUUUUGCUUAUUGAA